AAAACUUUCCUCAUGACGCCACCCGUUCUUCGUAUUGCCGACCCUGACCGCCUGUACAAACUGGUUACGGACGCCAGCGACAUCGUCGUUGGUGCGAUGCUGUUACAGGACUUUUGCGAAGGCAUGCAGCCAAUCGCCUACGACUCACGGAAACUUCAAAGUGCUGAACGGAAUUACCUAUUUCACGACAAGGAGAUGCUCGCGAUCGUCAAAGCUUUCAAGACCUGGCGCUGCUACCUAUCAGGUGCCGACGUUACUGUUCGAACAUACCACAAUUCCUUACUAUUCCUCCGAGCCCAACCGACCCUCAACCCACGUCAGAUUCGUUGGCUCGAAUAUCUCGAGUCCAAUUUCCACUACCGCAUCACCUAAAAAAAAGGGGACAAAUAACA